AUGUCUAUUAUUUCUAAUUUGCAAGCAUUGUCUCAGUAUUAUGCUCUUGUUGAGUCAGAGCUUGAUCGGAAGUUGUACAGAGUGAAAAGGCAUUCAAAAAAACUUCAUCAAAUUUAUGAAGCGAUUAAACCAAAAGAAGUCGUGAAAAAACAAGAACCCAAAGAUGAUUUAUUGGUUAAACAAACACUUGCGAAGCUUACAGGUGAAGAAUUACCAGAAGUCAAAGAAGAAAAAGUAGAAAUUACAAAUUAUGACUUGUUUAAACAAGAAUUAGCUAAAUUUAAACAAAGUCCUGCACUGUUUCGAAGCAAAAUCUCUGAGAAAUUCGUAAAUCAGCUAUAUCAAAUUUCGAAGCCUACGACAGUACAUGUUCAGACAAGGAUUAUUGAAAACCUCGAUUAUAUUAUACAAGAAUUGCAGCAAUUACAUAAAGAAAAUACUGCAGAUGCUCAUUCAGUAUAUAAAUAUCAAUUAAUGAGAAACUGUGUUAACACUGUAAUAGCAAAAUAUAAGCAAAUAUGUGAAGAUUAUCAAGCUACAAAGCAAGUUGAUGAGCUAUUCCCUGAGUCUCCAUAUACAAACAAGGAAGAAGAUCAAGAUAAAGAAUCAGAAUAUGAAAAUGAUAUAUUCUCUUCACCUUCUGUUGCUAGAAAAGACUUAGCUCGUCUUUACAGUGUUAGAAAUGAUGCACGUCUAGCUGUUAUGAAGUACAGGCUUCAAAGGAGAGGCUCUCAAAUUUUAAUUCCUUUAAUCAAUCCAAAUCCACAGAAUAUUGAAGAAGCACGAGACUCUUGUAUAGCAGCUAAGAUUGCUACAAGUCUUGUUUCUCAACCAAAUAAGAAUUGGUUGAUUGUCUAUAAUCAAGAAGAAUAA